GAUCAUUUUAUUUUAUAUAUCAAAUCUAAAUUCAAGGUCAAAACUUCUCCAAACUUUAGGCGUGGUUCAGGACCAGCUAUAGAUAGAUUGGACCAGUCACGCUUGAUAAAAAUACAUCGUAAUUCAACUAUAUAUAAAGAUAAAAGUAUGGGCAGCUUCACACCUCACCGUCCACCACUCGAAAUUACCCGCACCUCAGAUAUACUUACCAUCAAAAGCCAUCAAUCGAAGUGGACAGGGCCCGGAAGAAAUCAAUUAACAAGAGAUAACAUCCUCAGUUCAGUUACAACAAAUGGCAGCGGCAGGGAGGAUGACCCAGAAGGACAUGGAAGCCGUGACGAGGAGGUUCGCCUCCCUGGCCGGCCACAUCGCCCCGACCUCAGUCUCGAUCUCGGACUCGGACUCGGACUCAUCCCCCAUCAGCCGCGGGAAUACGUCUGCCUCCUUCAAUGACAGCUACCACCGGAUGCAUGGUGAGGUCCCCAGCCACCUGCCCGUUUGGAGGGCCGUGCCCGAUGAGUCCGGGAAGGGCUUCACUGACAUUAUCUACGAGAAGGCCGUGGGUGAAGGCAUUGCUAAGAUCACGAUUAACAGACCCGAGAAGAGAAAUGCCUUCAGGCCGCUGACAAUCAAGGAGCUGAUGCGUGCAUUUGCUGAUGCUAGGGACGAUACCUCCAUUGGUGUCAUCAUCUUCACCGGGAAGGGGACCGAGGCAUUCUGCAGCGGUGGAGACCAGUCUGUGAGGACUAAGAGCGGUUAUGCUGACCCUGCUGAUGUUGGCCGCCUAAAUGUCUUGGACCUGCAGGUCCAAAUUAGGCGCCUUCCCAAGCCCGUCAUUGCAAUGGUUGCUGGAUAUGCUGUCGGAGGUGGGCACAUUCUCCAUAUGGUCUGCGAUCUUACCAUUGCUGCAGACAAUGCUGUAUUUGGCCAAACCGGUCCUAAGGUUGGAAGCUUUGAUGCUGGUUAUGGUUGUUCCAUUAUGUCUCGUUUGAUUGGACCGAAAAGAGCACGCGAGAUGUGGUACCUGGCAAGGUUCUACAGUGCCGCCGAGGCUGACAAAAUGGGACUUGUGAACAAGGUUGUCCCGGGGAGUUUGAUUGAUUCGGUAAACGAUCAAUCAAGACAUACGGACGUUAUUAUGUUUAUGGAAAAACUCGUGCAGCUAGCAAACUUGGAGCAGGAAACAGUCCAGUGGUGCAGAGAGAUCCUGACGAACAGCCCGACUGCAGUACGUAUGUGCAAGUCGGCCCUUAAUGCGGUCGACGAUGGCCACGCUGGACUCCAGGAACUCGCUGGAAACGCGACCCUGCUGUUCUAUGGUUCCGAGGAAGGGAACGAGGGCAAGAAUGCAUACUUGAACAAAACACGUCCUAACUUCUCGAAAUUCCCAUGGCUGCCCUAGAGCAAUCUUCCCGUGACGAUCCAAUUUUAUCCGGGCUAGUACUUCAGGGGGUGCUUAGAUUGGAAUUUGAAUAAGCUUCGUGCUAUUGCUACAGGGUUGUUGGUCCAGUUACAGAGAUCCAAUAAUCAUCGGGCUAUAUACAUGUACCUACGUGUACAUAUAUAUAUAUAUAUAUGUAUGUAUGUAUGUAUGUAUGUAUGUAUGUAUAUGUAUAGCUUGAUUGCCUUGUCCUAGCUUGUUGCACUUGAAAACCCACCGUUUCCUCUCUCUUUCCCUCAUUUGUAAGACAAAGAAGAUUAAAUGGGAAUACUGAUGUUUUGGUGCUCAA